AUGCUAGUCGACUAUUCUGACUCGAAUUCUGACAGCGGUGAGCCAGCCAAAGAUGACCAACAGAACAAUCGUAAACGAAAGGCUGAGGACGGUGAACCGACACGGCUCAAGUCCAAGCAACCUCCGCCAUUACCGACUGCAUUUCACUCAUUGUAUGCAACCAAUGUACGGACCUCUGCUUCGGACGACCCCAUUUUGCAUGCAGGUCGAACGCGUCAGGUUCCCCAUGUGGUAGGUAAUUGGCCAACCCACGUUUAUCUCGAAUGGUAUCCUUCGAAGACCGAACUUGCCACACUCGACGAUGUGAUCCAAAAUACAAGCCAGGUGUUUGAUACCAGCAGCCAUUCAUUGGCCGAUUCCCUGCACAGCUGUCUGCGCUCAGAUCCCGGGGCACUGUUGCCGCUUCACAUCAGUCUCUCGGCUCCGCUUGUUUUGAGGACGGAGCAAAGGGAAUUGUUCCACCAAAGCCUCGGCCAGAGGUUGGUCCGGAGCCAUGUGAAGCCGUUUACUGUUCACAUUACCGGCCUUGACUGGGUUGCGAAUCACGACGAGACGAGAUACUUUCUAGUAUUGAAACUGAGCAGGCCCGAAAAUAAUGACCUUAACAAACUCUUGUCAUUAUGCAAUGAGACCGCUCAGGAAUUCGAGCUCGCACAGCUUUAUAAUGACGAGAGCAUCAAAUCACGGCAGCAAAUGGUCGAUAAAACGGAUGCGUUCCACAUCAGUAUCGCAUGGACUCUGCAAGAGCCUGAUAAGCAAGCUCGAGGACGCGUAAUCGACCAGGAACAAGAUCCAUUACGGGCUCUCAAGGUGAGCUUCUCUCUUCUCAAGCUGAAAAUUGGCAAUACCGUGGCCGAUAUUCCCCUGGCGAAAGGUCCAAAAGGUUUGAGGUGA